AUGAUAAUAAAAAAUAAGAACAUUUUCAAUACUAUUUUUGUUACAAGCAUAGCUAUUUCUGCGUUAUUCUUGGUAGCUAGUGUGCAUGCCGAAAAUCCUGAAGUAGACGUUACGACCGACUCAAACAGACCAGACUUAUUGCCAGUAUCUGUUCUCGAUAAGAGAUUUCCAUGGUUUGUUAUAGGCUGGAUCUAUGGUGUUGUUCAAGGUGGCUUUAGUUUAUAUGGUUUAGCAGAUCUGUGCAAGGAUUUCUCAGAAUCAACAUCUAACAAGAUAGGAUGUGUAUCUGGUGCCAUAUGA